AUGGAGUUAGUAAAUAAAGCGCUUUGCAAGAUAUCCGUGUCUUCGGUGCUCGAUCAGAACGGAAAAGAGUAUGGCAAGCAGUUUUUGAACGACGGGAACGAGGACACUUGUUGGUACUCAGAUCAGGGAAAUCCGCAGUACAUAAAACUGAAGUUUGCAGAAAAACAGAUUGUGGAAGAAAAGAAUAUCGAAAAAUUCAAGCUGAAAAUCCAAUUCCAAGGCGGCUUUGCAGGACAAAAAUGCUUUUUCAAAACUGGGCCGAAUUCAAGUCUCCCCUUUUUCCCAGAAGACUCAAACGACCUUCAAGAAUUCGAAUUUGAAGCAAAAGAAGACUUCGAACAGCUCGAAGUCGAGUUCGAAUCUUCGACGGACUUCUACGGUCGCGUGAUUGUUUACCAACUGAGCAUACUUGCCCUGCCAAGCUGA